AAGAAACUGUUUAUAAUGUAAUAAUUUAAAUGUAAGGUGAGUUUUUUAAUCCAUUAAUUUAUUAUGCAAUAAAUUAAAAAACUUGCCUGUAGUAAUAAUUCGCCAUUUUCACCAAUACACCGUCAUCAUUUAAGAAAAAUUGUAUAAUUUAUGAAUUUAUAAUUUGACAUAAAAAUAAUAAGAGAAAUUUUUUAAUUCCAACACUAUAAAGUUUAUGAAAUUAUUUCUUUAUAAAUAUAAUUUUUCAAAAUGUUUAUAUUUUGUUUGCGAUUAAAUUACUCACUCUUCAAAUGACAAUCGAUAUAUUAUCACCGAUUUGCAGUGGUAUACUCAUAACCAUGAUAAUUAGUGAGUAUUUAUUGUCUUUUAGCGAUUUUGAUAUCAAAAUUCGUGUAUUAUCGUUGAAAGAUCAGUAUGUUUAUUUCACUGAUGGAUAUGUAUAUCAUUAAAAGUCUGUGAUGUAUAUUCAUUGAUUUCACUUAGAGAGCAAAACUCUUCAUCCCAUAAAACACUUUUCUUAAAAUUUAAUUAAGUUUUUAAAUUAUAUGGAAAAACUGGAAAAUCUAAAAAUAAUUUGCUCUAUUUUUUAAGGGGUUAGACCCCUUUACAAUUUUCAAAAAAUCGAAAAUUUUUUUUUUGCUUUAAAAAAUAGUUUGAAGCCUCUAAAAUAACAUGCAAAAGGUCCGAAGUUAAAGUUCGAAUUAUUUCACGAGAUAUAGAGUCUACAACGGACUCCUGUACCUGCGCGUCAGCGCGUAACAAUAGACCGAGCGCGCCAGCAAUAGAAUGAGAUCGGCAGAUGAAAACAGGCUCAGUGCCCUUGAGGUCCCUAUGUGCCUAGAGUCCCCUCCACUACUUUCUAACGUAUUUUUCGACAGUUUAAAUCUCUACAGUCGUUAGUCAUACAUCGACGACGAAGCACGUGUACGAAAUGGAUCAGCAAAAAAGAAUUAAUCGAAAAGGUUCAAGAUCUAUAUUAGGACGUGCUAGCAGACCUAAAAAACGACCAACUCCGCCAAAUCGUCAUUCCUUUGGUGAAACGAGUUCUUCCGCGAAAAAACUAAAACAUUCUGACGAGGAAGUACCGAUAAGUGCGACGCAUGGAUAUCGAAUAAUUAGUUUUGUGGCGAUAUUUUCGAGUUUGAGCGAAAUGUUGAAAUGUAAAACAUGUAAUGGCAAUAUAAAUUUCUCUGAAUCGAAUAUUUGCGGACUUGGAUUUAAAUUGGUUGUAAAUUGUGACAAUUGUGAACCGCGGUAUAUAAAUUCGUGCCCGCUUAUUAAAAACGCGUAUGAAAUUAAUAGACGGAUUGUAUUUGUUAUGAGACUUCUCGGAAUUGGUUAUGAUGGAGUAAAAAAGUUUUGCGGUCUAAUGGACAUUUCAAAAAUGUUUACCAAAAAUGUAUAUUAUGACAUUUUAGAAAAUAUACAUAUCGCGUCGAAAGCUGUCACCUCUAUAUUAUUUUCUGAAGCUGCUUGUGAAGAAAAACUGUUAACAGCACAAGCAGAAAAUACAUCUGAACUGGCAGGAUUAUAUGUUUCUGGUGACGGAACAUGGAGAAAGCGAGGUUUUUCGUCCUUACAAGGUGUCGUGUCGCUAAUUGGUAUACAUUCUGGCAAAGUUUUAGACAUUAUCGUAAAAUCAUUAUAUUGCAAGGGUUGCGAAUAUGGAAAAAAAAUUGAGAAUACACAGGAAUUCGAAACGUGGGAGGAAUCACAUAAGGAUACGUGCUCAAUUACUCACGAAGGAAACGCGGGAAAAAUGGAAGUAGACGGAGCGGUAGAAAUGUUCGCAAGAUCUGAGGAAUUACAUGGCGUGAAAUAUACAUCAUACAUCGGCGACGGUGACUGUAAGACAUAUAAAGGAAUUGUUGAAUCUCGACCUUACGGAGAUGAUGUCUUGAUCAAUAAAAAAGAAUGUGUCGGUCACGUUCAAAAACGAAUGGGUGCACGGCUCCGUAAAGUAAAGAAAGACACGAAAGGAUUAGGAGGAAAAGGGAAAUUAACAGCUAAAUUGAUAGACGAAUUGAGCGUGUAUUAUGGAUUGGCUAUCAGGAGACAUAAGGAUUCAAAAGAAGAAAUGAAAACAGCAAUAUGGGCUACGCUUAAACACAAAUGUUCUACCGACAAUAAUCCGCAGCACGACAACUGUCCUCCUGGGCCAAAUAGUUGGUGCACCUGGCAAGUGGCCAAGGCGAACAAUAAACUAACAGAAUAUGUUCAUAAACCAGCUCUACAUCAAGAUGUCAUAAAAGCAAUCACCCCUAUCUAUGAAGAACUGAGCAGGGAUGAUUUGCUAGAGCGUUGUGUGGGUGGUUACACUCAAAAUAAUAACGAAAGCCUUAACGGAUUAAUUUGGUCCUUUGCUCCCAAAAAAUUAUUCAGUGGCUUAAAAACCGUGGAAAUAGCUACAAAUAUUGCCGCCAGCAUAUUCAAUAAAGGCUAUGCAAGCAUUAUUUUAAUGAUGAACAUAAUGCACAUUACUAUCGGUCCGAUUACAAAUAGCAUUUGUGAAACUCUGGACGAGAGACGGAUUUCGAUCGCCGAGGCGCGAAUGUUGCAAAUGUCUAAAGAAAGCCGAACUGCGCGCAGACAAGAAAGAAUGUCCAUUCAGGAUUCCCUGUGCGAGAAGAAGAAUUUAUAUUACGAAGCAGGAAUGGCAGAUUAGCGACAAGCCAAAAUGGCGGAAUUAGGUACACCAGUUGACCGCGCAAAAAAAAACACGUUUUAGUAAUAAAUUUAUAACUCCUAUAAUUAUUAAUAUUUUUAAUUGUAAUUUUAUAUCUUAUAUGUUUAUUGUAUACUUAGAUCAUAUGCCAAAUAGCAACUUCGUAGUUUUUAUAGUUCUCCGUUAAUCAACGUUCAAAAAACACCUAUUUUUUAAGCCCGUCAAGGGGGUCUAACCCCUUAAAAGAAAGUUAUUGAGAAACCAUUUUGAAUGUUUUAACGAUUUCAUGAACUCUUGUGUAUAUUAUAUCAUUUUUUUAAAUGUAUUUUGUAAAAUUGGAAAUUUAUUUACUUCUUUGUCGAGUUUAGGACGAAAAGACACUUCGUCUGGAGAUUAUGGGAUGACAUAUGUAUACUGGUUGGCUUAGUCAUACGAGCUCUCUUCCAUGUCGACCACGUGGUGAGUCAUUUGGCCCUGAUAGAAAUCGUGAAUUCGAAUGUUUUACGGCGGGCAGGCUCUAAUAUCGCAAUUGAGAUUAAUGCUAUGCUAAUGAUAGCGCGGGAGGUAAUGAUGUAAUAUAUAAUCUUGACGUUCAGUCUUUAAUCAUUUUGGCACUGACGCAUUUGCGCCCUUUUAUCAAGCUGAAUAAUGAAGAAUUCCACGUAAUAUAUAAUUACGAUGUAAAUGUAAUCAUUUAUAUUCGCAUUGAAAUAUUUGUUCGCUUAUUCAUUAAAUAUGUUUAUGUAUUAAAUUGUCGCCGCGCCAGCAAUUACAGUAAUUUCGUCGUGACGUAAUUUAAAUGAAAAACGGUUUCCCGUACAUUAAAUUGCUACUUUAUCGUCUCAGGUGAUAAUUGUAAUGCAGCUACUUAGAUUAAAGAAUAAACUCUCGCAAUUACCGUUCUAGAUUCCAAAGUGGUCGGCGGCGAGAUCGGGUUGGUCGUAAGUAAUCAACCGCGAGAUAAGUACGAUACAAUCGCGUGCGUGUGUUAGUCGCGUAUGUUAAUUACGCUAUGGCGACUGCGGCGAGAACGCGCGGCGUAACACUCGCGCGGCGGGGGAGGGGGGGGAGGAAGAAAGUCUUAUAAACGAUCGUCGGUACGAACUUAGCGGCGCGUAUCGCGGAGCAGUGAGACGUUGGUCAUUGUGAGGGUGAAUGGAAUCGUUCUUAACUCGUCGAGAUAACAAUCGACAGCCUCUUCGCGGGACUUUCCCUUGUCCUCCGGAGUCGUGUUGAAACUGAAUAAGACAGUAAGAUAAAUAAAAAGGGCGGCAGCUUCAAAGAGUCAAAACCGGCAGCGAUAUCCUGCUCGGCAACGCGACUUUGUGUUUCCAUCGCCUAAGAAAAAUAAACCCGAUUAUCGUCUACGCGCUGCAUGUACAUACGUUUGAGGCCUUAGGGCAUUCCCUCCUUUUCCUCCGUCUACCUUCUCUCCCGCCGAGUUAACUUCCUUUCCCUCUUGCUUACAUGCGCAUUGUACUGCGUUACUUAAAUAGAACGUUGCACAGGGCAUUCAACGUUCCCCGCUCUUUCUUUGCGUAAAUGGAUAUUUUUUUGCUGCCUUAUCGUUUUCCUUAUCCAAGACUGGAUGUUAUUUUGAUAACAAUAACAAAAACUUUUUUUCAAUGCAGUGAUUACAAAAUUAGAUAUUAAUUUUACAUAAAAUAAUAACAACAAUGACUAUAAAUUAAGUAAGAAGUGUCAAAGUGUACGUAAUAUGUGAGGCUGCGGCUAAGCGGCUGAUGUGACGCCUUAACCCAAUUAUUAAUGCAUACAUAGACAAAACAAUGUGAGCACCUAGAAAAUAUUCUACAUAUUUUAUUAAUGAGAGGUUGGCCCAUUAUUUGUCUUUAAUACAAAGUUUAUCCUUUUUUAGAAUGUCGUACAAAAUUUAAAUAACCAGUACAAUGUUAUUGUUAUUGUUAUUGUUAUUGUUCUUAAAGAUAUUAGAAGGCUUUAAAAACAGCUAGCAAUUUUGAAAAGUAGCGUAUAAAACAUGUUUUAUUAAAAGAAUAGUGUAAUAUUCCAUUGGUGAUUAUUCAAACGUUGUAUGAUUCCAAUAAGAAUAGAAUCUGACAAUUAUUAUAAACAAAUAGUAGAUUAAGUUCUCAAUAAAAAAUGAUGUAUAUUCUCUCUCUAAAUCUUCACAUUAUUUCAUCUACCCCUUGAAAGUAUAAAACUGUAAAUGUAAAGAUAUAAUUUUCAAAAGUGAUUAUAAUGUUAACAAAUUAUAACAUGGCAAAACAAUGUACUCAUUAAAUACAUAUACAUAUAUGUAUAAUAUAAUUAAUACACAGUGUACUUGUAGAUAGAAGAAAUAUACAAGAUAAGAUAAUCAAACAUAAUAGAUAUGAGUUUUUAUUUUCUUCGUAAUUUUUUCAUUGCUCCUUUCAUUGAUCGCUUUUUUAAUCACAAUAAUCGAAAAUUUGCAGUUUGACAUUAACACAAUAUCAAUCAAUGCUACAUCGUCGUGAUCAAACAGGUAAUUUUUUAACAAGUUUAUAUAAUCACGUUACUUGUCCUGUGAUACGUAAUAUCAUUGUUUUACAAAAUACGUGAAAAUGAUUCGAUGUAUCGCAGCACUUGAUACUCGUUACUUUUCUAUUAUUCUCGCUUUCGUGCUCAUGAUGUCGUAUUCGUGAUUUUUAAACAAUUUCCUUUGUAUUCGGAUGCAAACGCAGCAUCGAUCGCUACAGGGGGCUAAUUAAGGCCGAGAAACUUGCGCGGAUGCAAAGUCAAUCUAUUUUAAUCUGGCUUUAACGGGUCGAACUUGGAUUUCGAGAAAGGGGGAAGUAAAGAGCGAGAGAAAGAGAUUCGAUGGUCCGCCGUGCCGUCGAGAACCGUCACUGAUUAUGCACGAUGGAGAAGCGACUUCCUGAUCCUGCAAUUUCGUUACGUUUUGCUCCGUACGCGCCGAGACUACGUUAUCUGGUAUACAUAUAAAAACAGUGCGGCGCGUCCGCAAGGAGAAUCAAAGAAGUAUACCGUGAUAAAUAAACUUCACCAUUAUUAAUAUUACAACAAUUACAAUAACAUCAUAACAUUAUCGCAGAUACUGCGCGCGUAGCAAAAUUAAGCGCGCUGUUAUUACUUGCGCUGUUAUUAUAAUAAUAUUAUUAUUACGUCUAAUGUAGACAAGUUAUAAAGUUCCAACAUUCAGAACUUCUAACUACUUCGCUCUGCUAAGCUGCCCCAUUUCGUCCCCAUUGCGCCCGUCGAGUGUGUCGAGCGCGAGGGAGGGACGCCGUGCGAAACGGUCGCGCGAUCGCAACUCGUAUAGAUCACUUGCCGACACGCACGGCUUGGCAUUGUUCGGCCAAUCAAACUUCUCUCGGGGAAUAUGCCGCAGCGAUUUCGGGAUUACGGGAUUCCAGCGAAGAAGCCCCCGACGAGAGAAAGAGAUAGAGAGAUAGAGAGAGAGGGAGUUAAGCGCGCGUUUCUCGUUUCCAGGACGUGUGCUUCACUCGCGCGCGGUGAAUUUCUCGCGCCAUUCCGGCCCUUUCAAUCUGUUACGCUUAUCUCGGACGAUUUUCCCUACUUAAGCCUAAGUCGACUUAAGCUCCGCUUUCCUCCUUGCGACGGGUCAAUUGUCGACGUUCGAAUCCGCGCGACCGCCCUAUGGGAUUGGUUGGCUGGUUAACUUGCCCUAAGAGAGUUCGUCCAACAACACCCUUAAUAAGGACCGCGUUGCGCUCCAGAUGUGACGUCGCACGUCCUAGGUCAGAAUAGUUCGAAGCUUCGUGAGCUGCUGAACCAGUAUUAGUAACAAGUAGCAACAGUACCGUUAUAUGGAAAUAGCGCGGUUAGAUUUCUUGGCAUUUUUACUGUUUUUAGAUAUAAUACAUAUAAUAUCUGCAGAAGAGAAUUAUCUCUUGAAAUUUAGAGGAAAUUGCCAAUAUUGCUACCCUCUGAUUUCUCGGAUGUUAAAUAUUGCAUUAUAUUAACAGUAAUUGUAAUCAGCUUAGAUAAUUAAAAGAAAUAAAAAUUCAUACUUUACACAUUAAUAGUUUUUGUUCAUAUAAAAUAUAUUAAAAAUCAAUUUAAUCUAGUCUAAUCUUUACAUAUAACAUGUUUUAUCUUGCGGAACAGCAUAUUUGUAUAAUCGACAAAAAAAACAUCUGAUAAAAGUUACUUUCUAAUUUAUAUCUAUAUUUUCAAGGUUUUAUUUUUAGCUUUUGUUUAAGAAAUACUACGAAAACAAAUGCAUGCUAGUAUGGGUAACUUUUUAGUGUCAUAAGACAGUGUAUUGUUUCAACGAAUUUUGUAAUAUUAAUUUUAGUAACAUUAAUCAAAGUAGUUUAUAGUAUUUAAUAUAUAUUUAUUUUAUAUAAUAAAAGAAUUUAGUUAAAUUAUUAAAAUUAUAAUAAUAUUCUUCGAAACACACUGUAAUUGUCCCACACCCAUGGCUAUCGAGGUUUUGAGAGUAAAUUCUCAGCAAAAAAUUCUCUCUAUAGUAGACUUGUAAAACUGAUAAUAAAUAUUAAAUAUCGACGAAAUAACAUAAAUAAAAAGAAAGCAAUAUCACUGGAGGAAGGCUUUGAGUUAUUAUCGCAAUUUGCGUUUCUCACGCUAUUAAUAUUACAAGAUAUUCAUCGUAGAGUUUAAUUCCUCUUCAGGCAACACGCGCGCCAAGGUGCAGUCCAGCUUCCGCUUUAAAGACUAGAAGGGCCGGUCCUGUUCUCCGCUCACGUAACCCAUCCUCGUGUGCUCGCGCAAGAGAGGUUUCUCCAAACACACGACCGAAAGAGACGUCGUCGUCGUCGUCGUCGUUCUCUCGUCCUUGUCCUGCCCGGGUGGGCGAGAAAAAGGAAACACGAGGACUGCUAGGAGGGUACGUGACGCCUCGAGUGGCGCUAAUCGGCAUUCCUGGCAGCAAGUCGCGUGCUCGCGAGGACAGAGCGAAGGGGGGCGGAGGAAAGGAAGGAAAGAGGGUGGCAGGGGGGAACGAGAGGAACUUCCCGUGCAGUAAUUUUUUCUCCGAUGGACCUCCUCUGCGAGUGCACGGCGUCGCUUUAAACGUACGACAGUGUUUCCCAAACUAAUUUCGCCACGGAACUUCGGGCCUGCUCCAAGGGUCUCGUACAUUCGCCCGCAUUAACGGCGCAACCGAGCACGCGCUAUACGGUCUGUCCUCCACUACCGUAUGUCACCUUAACUAUGGGCUCCUCUGCCGUCGCGUCGUAGCCGAUUUUUAUGGGAGGCUACGUCUUCCGUCGCCUUUAAUUUCUAUUAAACGUUUCAAUUCUCGGAUCUCUAAUGAAAUUGCUGUUACGGAAUAUUAAUUGGAAAGUCCAGGGAUCUUCAAAUUCAGAGUCAGGACUAGACAUUUCGGGGCAAGG